UCAGUUAUAAUUUUACCCCGAUAUCGGAGUACUAUGACGGAAGCCCCACAUGAGCUGCGCAGCGUAGGCCUAGGAGAGAAGGAUUAAUAUUGUUACAAAUGACAUUCGUUUGUGCAGGGGGAUCCAAAAGGCUGAGAAGGGGAAAAAAGAAAGCAUCGCAGAAUAGCAAAUAGGGUAUUAUUUGCGCACUGGUUGUUCACCCUCUUCACGAAAGGCAGAUAUUUGAGAAGUUUCCCUCACCAGAAAUCAUCCGUGCUCCGUAUCGGAGUGAGAUUUGCAUUACCAUUAUUGAUUUUCAACAUGUCAGGCACAGUUGUGAUGAAAGUGAAGUUAGCGUCGCUAGCUUUGGUAUUGCUUUUUGGAGGAUUGUACUUUCUACAGUUUGCUUUGAGCGUCGAAGUAUCGCUAUGGCAACGUAUUGUGUCAGGAAUCCUUGGAGUCGCAUGUGUUUUGGUGGCUAUUCUGACCACAUGGAUGACCACUCUGCGGAUUUCCUAUGGUCACAGUCUUCACUCGGCCUACACACAGGUCAUCCUAUAUUUACUGUUGAUUCACACCCGUCACAGAAAGGUCAAGGGAUUCAUAGAAUCAUGGAAGAAUCCUCGAAAAACUCAAGAAAAUUACUUGAUAGAAAUCCUAAAGGCCAACGGCCAAACGGUUUAUGCGAUGGAUUUUGGAUUAAGUUCUGUAACAUCAAUGGAGGGACUUAGACGGAAGCAUCCCUUGACGACGUACGAACGGUAUCGGCCGUAUGUGGAUCGUAUGGCUAAAGGGGAAGAGUGUGUCUUGACCGCAGAACGCGUUGAGAGGUUUGCUCUGAGCUCGGGAACAACGGGCAGGUCCAAGAUGAUGCCUUUUACUAAAUCCUUCAGAAAGAUGUACAACGCUAUCGUUGGUCUAUCAAUAGACCUGCGUCUGAGAGAGUUUGGGAUAGGUUUCCUCCAGCGGGAAAUGACAAUCCAUACGGCGCCAAAAGUCAGGUAUUCUGAGGCUGGUAUUUUGAUGGGUCCUGCUUCGAUGAAGAACGCAUCGAAUAAACAUCUCUUGAGCUUGUACUCUAGCCCAGCAGAAGCCUUCCGAAUUCAGGACCCUCAUGAUUCCGUGUAUGUACACCUCCUAUUCGGGUUUCGCGAUAGGAAUCUUCGUAUUAUCUCCUGUAACUUUACCACCAAAUUGCUGUCAGCUUUUAGGAUAGCCGAACAACGCUGGCGAGACAUAGUCAAAGACAUCGAGCUCGGGACAGUGACCGUUACGAAAGUAUCACCGGACAUCCACCAUGUUCUCGUCAAGAGGAUGGAUGGUGGGGACCCGAAGAGAGCGACAGAACUGAAGAGGGAAUUCGAGAAGGGUUUCAAAGGCAUCAUGAAACGAGCCUGGCCUCACCUGAAACACGUUCAAGCCAUUGAUUCCUCUGGUCUCAAGGAAUCACUGCUGAAUUCGUAUGCGAAAGGUGUACCUAUUUUUGGUUUCAUCUUUGCGGCCACGGAGGGAACGAUUGGUGUCAACAUCUGGCCCAAAAAUAUUGGAAAAGAUGAAUAUGUUCUCUUGCCAUCUCUCUGUCUUAUGGAAUUCAUUCCAGAAACGCAUAUAAAUGAAGAUCAGCCAGAGACACUUUUCAUCGACGAACUAAAAGUCGGAGGUGUUUACGAGAUCGUCGUAACGCAGAUGUACGGUUUCUAUAGAUUGCGAUUCGGUGACGUCAUCAGGGUUAGACGAUACCAUCACAGCACACCUGUGGUGGAAUUUAUGUACAGAUCUGGACAGAUUUUGGACGUUCACGGCGAAAAGGUAGAUCAAAUUACAGUACAGAGCUCACUUGAGGCUGCAGUGGGCCACUUCCCUAAUGUUACAUUGGGAAAUUAUGCAGUGGCAGAGAGCACUCUACUUGAUUGUCUUGUGAAACCUAAUACGGACCUACGUGACUAUUACAUCAUAUUUCUGGAAUUGAAUCCCACACCAAAUGAAGACGCGUUAGCUGAUAUUCCUCUCAAUAAGGUUGAUGAAGAGCUAUGUCAUCAUUCCUUCACAUACAACUCGUUUCGUGAGAAAGGAAGUAUAGCCCCUCCCUUGGUUCACAUCGUGAAACCCGGCACAUUUGAUCGUCUGCAUGAUUUCAUCCUUGACAACAGCACGACUUCUACAAACCAGUACAAAGUGCCGAGGAAGCUCCGCUCAGCAGCUACUCUGAAACUCAUGCUGGAAAACUCCAUAAAAUCAACAGUGGACCAAUAAAACACAUUCAUCAAAAUCCCAAACAAGUGUCAAGGAAAAUGAUUGCAAGUUGAUCACGAAAAAAAGGAAAACGUCGUGUGCAUAUAAAGAAACUGUGUGGAUGGUAUGCAGUGCCAAGUGUGUGUGACCACGGAACUCGCGCGCAAGAUGGGCUAUGGCAGCCGUGACUUACCUAUCUCUUUCCGAUGUGGAAAGCAAACAGAUCAUGAAAGCUCCAGCUCCAAUAAUGGACUCCAACAACCCAAACAACAAAGCAAAAUAUUCUAUUGCAGUUUAGAACCGUGAGAAAUGUAUAAACUUUGAGGUACGUUUAGUUACGUGGAAGCAUCAUUUAUUCCAUGUCCAGUUUGGAAGUUUAGACCCACAAAAACCGAAUUCCAUCUAUUUUCCAGCCCUGUUUCCUUGCUCAAACUAAACUAUUUUCCUCAAUAAAACUGUAGAAUAUAUUAAUUACACUUAAUUUUUAUGAUGUAAACUAUUUUCCGUCCAAGACCACGAUAUAUUUACUUUCUAUACAACUGGGAGUCUUAUUCCUACAACUGAAAACUUCCUUUCAUUUUUACUUGCCACCGACGAGAACUAUGUUAAUUUAGCAAAACUCGUGAGGCGGGUUGUAAUUACUUGCUUAUGCCCUGUUGGUAGCUCACCAGUGAGUGUAAAUCGUUAACUCUGUGUACUUUAAUCGUAUGCAAAUUUUGUAUCAUUAUAAACAUACAAUCACUAUAGAAUCUUCAAUACUCAUAUUAUAUAUUAUAUGCUGUGUGAAGUAAAUGUAAAUAAUUGUUAUGUAACUAGAAUAAUAUUCGCUAGAGGGUAUAAUUUGUCUCGCAAUCUACUAUGGUCAACAAGGAAUAAUAUAGAAUAUUGAUUAAUAAUAACCACUUUGUAGUAUAAGUGUAAUUCGUAUCUUCUUUUUUAAUAAGCAAAUUGUGUAUUGGGAAUAUACUCAUAGUUAUUUCAAUGAGGUUUUUUUUGUAUAACAUAUCGAUUUCUAAACACCCCUUGCAUGAAAUCUCACUAAAUUGAUAUAAGUUUAUAAUUAUAAACAAGUGGAAUGCCUCUGGCCGUCUCAUGCAUCACGCGGUUCAAUAUAGUAGCAGUGUUGACUU